UAUAUAAGAAUUGUGUUUUGAACACGUAAACUAGUUGAUAAGCGCCUGCUCCCUCCUAACACUUUUAAAAUAGAUAUCAAAAAUUACUUUGAAGAAUAUCCUGGGGUAGGAAAAACGUUCAUUCCUGAAGCUUAGCACGAUGCGCCGCGAUUUACAUGACAUUCGGUAAAAUUCAAUUGACAUGUGUCUGUAAUUUUGCUGACUUCGUAAUCGCUAAAUUAGUCCAGUGGCCCUUUGCGAUCAAGCAGUCAAGUGUUCAAUUAAUCAUCAAUCGAGUAUUGCUCUUCAACUAUUGCGAAAAUAUUCUUCGAGUCAGAAAUGUGAUCCUGACAAAAUGACUGACCACGAAGAAGAACAGAACACUGAGAUAGAAGCUUUAGAAUCGAUUUAUUACGAUUCGUUCCAAGUAAUAUCGGAGAAGCCUCGCAGCUUUGAACUAACGGUCACUGUUGAAGACGCCGAGGAAGAUGAGAACAUUUUCGCAAAAAUCCAAUUCACAUACACACCGACGUAUCCUGACGAAGCCCCAAUUUACGAGCUGAUAGAAUGCGAAAACUUAUCAACCGAAGAUGGAGAAAAAAUUAAAACAAUCAUCGAAAAAGAAAUUGAAGAUAAUUUAGGAAUGGUGAUGAUUUUUACUGUCGUUACUGCAAUUCAAGAAUUUUUAAACGACGUCAAAGAUGGCAUAAAAAGGAGAGAACAAGAUGAAAAAGAGAGACAUGAGAGAGAAUUAGAAGCAGAAGAAAAUAAAAAAUUUCACGGUACACCAGUUACUGUCGAAACUUUUCUCGUCUGGAAAUUAAAAUUUGAUGAAGAAAUGAAAGAAUUGCAGAAACUUGAAAUGAAAAUGACUGAAAAAAGGAAAAUGACUGGAAAGGAGCUGUUCCUCUCAGACGCUAAAUUAUUAGAAAAUGAGUUCCUUGAGGGGGAAACUGAGGGAGUAACGAUUGACGAGAGCUUGUUUGAGGAUCUCGAUGAUUUGGACUUUGAAGAUAGUGAUGACCCAGACUUUGAUCCUGCUCUGUGCUCAUGACACAGUUGUGAUUUUUUUCCAUAUUUAUCUGGGGGGAGGAGAGGUUGAUAAUGGGUGAUUGUCAGGUUUGGUUUUUGUGGGGAUGGUUGGCCAGUUGACUGUUCCAUGUGCACGGACUAGAAUGAGCUGUGAACACCCAGUUUGAUGCAGUGAUUAGAAGACGCUCCAUAAGUGUGUGUACUAACAUAGAGGUAACUAAUUUUGUUCGCCUACUUCACAUCAAGAUAUGUAAAGCGACUGAAACCUAUGGGUAGCGGUAUAUUCACUUGGCUAACACAGACAGUCCCCGAACUCGUAAUAGAACUAAAAUAAGGAAAAUCCGAAUAAAAUUAUGGCCUAACCCUUUUUUCAUACUCAUUCUGGGGGAGGGAGUCGAUAAUGGGUAAUUCAAUCGCAGCCUCUAAGUUCGAUGCAAUGUCUUCUGGCCCAGGUUUCGUAUGAGAAUUAAUGGCCAGUCGACUGUAACAUGUUCUCAGACUUGGAUAGAGAAAGAGCCGCGACACUGGUAUGCUCCCCAGCUUUUCAAUUCAAGGGUGGGGGGGGGGUUCCAAAUUUUAAAGGCGGCAGGUAUUUGCUUUUAAAGAUUAAACUAUUUCCAACCUAUACAAAUAAAUUAUGUAUGACCAUACAGCUCUCCAUGUAAUUGCCUUCUUUGUAUAACACGCUUAGGUUAUCAAUUUGUGUCACAAAAUAAGUCAGUUUUCCUUUAGGUUUUUGUGUAAAUUUCUGUAAAUUAUAUUUAAAAAUGAAGUUUAUUUGAAGUUAAACUUAUUUUAAGUUUAUUUGUUGAUAUGAUUCAAACAGUGGCAUGAUAAUGUAAGAUUUUCUCAGUAGAAAACCAUGCACAGGUGUUCACAAGUA